ACUCCAACUCCCACAAUGCCUAGCAGCCGGUGGGAGCGGAAGUGCAAAACACCGGGAGGGAAGGCCCCAGUGGGCCCAAGCCUUCAAGGUUGGGUACUUCUGUUCCACCGGGACUACAUUACCCAGGCUGCAUCGCGCGCGCUUUCAGGAAGUCCCGCCUAUGGCUCAAUCUCAUUGGGCAGAUUUCUUUCCCUCGAGGGGAAGGUUAUUGACGGGCACGGCGUUGCUCCAAUAGGAAGCGCCCGUUCCGCAAGGCAUCCUGGGAAGUGUAGUCCGGGCUCCGUGAGGGGAAAGCGGGGCAGGGAGUCUCUCUUGGCGGAGACGGAGGGCGAGGCCAUGGAGUCCCCCCCCGCGCGACCGUGGAGCCCCGAGCAGCUUCGGAGCGAAGAGCUGCCCAAGAGGGACCUGGUCCGCUUCCUCCAGGAACAGGCCGCCCACCGGUUCCUUGCAGAACACAAACUCCUUGGGCAGAUUAAAAAUGUGGCCAAGACGGCCAGCAAGGACCAGCUGAUCACCGCCUAUAACCAGCUCUUUGAAACAAAGAGUUUCAAGGGCAGCGAGAGCCCAGAGGAGCUGGCGGAGCAGGUGAAGAGCGUCAAGCUGGACGAAGGCAAAGCCAAAGAGGCCAAGCAGGAGGAGGCUGUUGAUGAGGGCCCUCCCAAAUACACCAAGUCGGUCCUGAAGAAGGGGGAUAAAGUCAACUUCCCCAAAAAGGGCGACGUCGUCCACUGCUGGUACACGGGGAAGCUUCAGGACGGAACCGUCUUUGACAGCAACAUUCAGACAAGUUCAAAGAAGAAGAAAGCCGCCAAGCCCUUGAGCUUCAAAGUCGGCGUCGGGAAAGUCAUCCGUGGCUGGGAUGAAGCCCUGCUGACGAUGAGCAAAGGGGAGAAGGCUCACUUGGAAAUCGAGCCAGAAUGGGCUUACGGGAAGAAGGGGCAGCCGGAUGCCAAGAUCCCACCCAACGCAAAGCUCUUCUUUGAGGUUGAGCUGGUGGACAUCGAGUGACCGGUCGUGCGCCCCGCCUGAUGGUGAGGA